GGCCAAGCAUUCGCAAAAACUCUCGCGAUGCUCGCCAAAUUUGUCCUCCUCGCGUCGGUUCUCGCCGUGGCCCACUGCGAUACCGACGACAACACGCUGCUCUCCAGGGCGCACAACCAGUUUGGCGUGAACCUGCUGAAGUACCUCGCAGCCCAGGAGCCCUCGUCGAAUGUAUUCUUCUCGCCGACCAGCAUUGCCGCCGCGUUUGGUAUGGCCUACGUCGGCGCCAGGGGAAACUCGGAGGCCGAGCUGGAUUCGGUGUUCGGUCACACCGCUCUCGGCCUUACCGGCCGAGACAGAGUGCUCGCCGCGUACAAAAACCUCCUGGAACUCGCGACCUCGCCCAACGUCACUCUGGACGUGGCCAACAUGGUCCUAGCGCAGGUAGGCUUUCCCAUAUCGGAAAGCUACAAACAGCAGCUGCGCGAAAUCUUUGAUGCGGAUGUGAGGUCUGCCGACUUCCACGGGGACGGUCCGAGGGUAGCGGCAGAAGUUAAUGCGUGGGUGCGUGAAAAGACCAGGGGCAAGAUCUCCGGCAUCUUACCAGAGGGUCAGCCGCUGGACAUCGUGCUCUUCAUCCUGAACGCCGUCUACUUCAAGGGCACCUGGGUGACCCCAUUCAACACCCGUGAGACGGUGGACAAGCCUUUCCUCAACCUUGGAACCAGCGAGGUGAGCAAACCGGCGAUGCACCUCAGGACGCGUCUUCCGCACACAAGAGUAGAUGCCUAUCACGCCUCUGCCGUGGAGAUACCGUACGAGGGAGACAGGUUCAGCAUGGUGGUCCUGCUUCCGGACAACCCAACUGGACUCGCGGCGGUCCGGGACGGCAUGUCGCUCGACAUGCUCGAAGACGUCAGCAGCAAGCUAAGCUUUAGGGAGGUCAAGCUCCAGCUGCCCAAGUUUGAAAUGAGCCUUCGUUACAGCUUGGUGCCAGCGAUGAAGGCCCUCGGUUUGAACUCUCUCUUCGGCGGAUCGGCCAACUUCAGUGGUAUCAGCGAAAGCGUCCUGGUGAGGAUAUCAGAUGCUGUGCACAAGGCGGCCGUCGAGGUGAACGAGGAAGGAACCAUCGCGACCGCAGUGACUGGGCUCUCGUUCGUGCCCCUCUCGGGGCUCUACAACCCAGAGCCGCCCAUCGAGUUCAUCGUGAACCACCCCUUCCUCUACUACAUCAGGGACAGGAGCACCAACCGGGUUCUCUUCAUCGGAGAGGUUCACACGCUCUGAUACGCCGAGUCUUUCCUUCGCACUCCGGUACACCAGGACUUUCGAGUGAUGGAAAUGUGCCACUAAAAUUACAACGUAAGAAAACGCAGCUUUCAAAUAAAGUGCGCCAUUUUAGUACA